AUGGCAGACCAGAACGAUCAAUCCUCCAACAACAACACCUACAACCAACGUCGUCGCUCAUCCUUCGUCGGUCAAGCAUUCACCGACAUGUUUAGCCGCAGCAGCCGCCCGUCCGAGUCGUCUGGCACCAGCCCUCCCGCUCAAGGACCCAUCACAACAGCAGCUGCCGAAGCCAGCCGUCGUCGUCUUUCUGUCAGCACCCUCAAUAUGGGUGCUUCCCCCAACCAGGGCUCGCCCAUGUCGGCUAGAAUGCGAGGUGAGAGUGUUUCCAGCUCCAACGUCGGCUCUUUCGACGAGUCGGCAAUCGACGACGAACCUUCUUCGGCCACAGCUGGCAACAGCGGUCCCUUUGCUCGCAGAGUCAGCUUUGGUGCUCGUGCCCUCAAGGAUAUGAAGGGUGGUUCGGGUUCGGUGCCAGCAGGUAGGCCCACCGCCACCAUUACUAUACCAGAAGAAGACGUAGACGGGGAGAAGAAGACUUUGGCCCCGACCUCCUCCUCACUGGGUCGUCGAGAGGGCUUCAAUUGGGCCGACAACAUGCGUUCCCGUGCUGAGCGAGGCUCCAUCUCUGGCCUCUCCGCUUCUCCUCCUACCGGUGGCUGGACUCACUCCCGUUCCAAGAGCAUUGCCGUCAUGGAUACCCCCGUCAGGGACAACCCCAAGCCGGUCAAGGUCCCCGACCAGUUCCAGGAGAGGAUCCUCAAGGGCGAUUUUUAUCUUGACUAA